AUGGAAGACAUUGAAUACAAAUUAAGAUUCCUUCUGAACUCAAUGACACUCACAGUGGAUAAAGUACAAACAGCAGAUACCACACAGAUGAACCACCUUCAGUUCUUAAAGAAGUAUAAAAAUCAGAAAAUUAUCCAUGCAUUUAUAAAACAGGCACCAGCCGCAGACACUCCCAUAAGCACACCCUUAUUAGGAGUACCAAUUAACCCUGAGGAUACAUCACAUAAGUUAUUGUACUGUAAGAUAGCCGUGGGUACGUCAUUAUUCACAUCAUCAGAAUAUGCCAUGAACUGCAAGACACCCCAUGGAUACGACUCAUUCAUAAUCAGCAAUAACCCAGAAGUAAUUGAAUCAGUCAUAAGUACGUAUAAGAAGUCUAAAUCACUCGCAUCGUAUACGUAUAUAGUACCAGAUAUAAGCAGAGUGUUAGUCAUAGCAGAAGUACACUUCACAUACGAUAAGAAACUAGAAGAUAAAAGUAAGAAUAAUGACCACUGUGAGUACUGUAACGAUAAACCAGCCAUAUCAUUCUGUAUAGCAGAAAGGGCUGCAUUCUGUGGUGACUGUGAUAAAUACUUCCACAGUAAUGCAUUCACACAGAGACAUGCAGUGCACUACUUUAAACAAGUCGGUAAGAAAAGGUUCCUGCACUGUAAAGACCAUAAAACAGUCGUAAUAGAUUACUUCUGCAUGGACUGUACUAUGCCCGUAUGCAUACAGUGCAGGAUAACCAGUACAAAUGUAUCCCAUCACAGUCACCGGAUGGUAUCGUACAUUGAAGCCUGUGACGACUUAAAGAGUAAAGUGACUGAGUGCACUGAUAUGGACAUUGUAAUGAAAAGGGCAGAAUCAGCCAUCACACAGAUUGACCAGGAGAUAUCCGGGUUUGAAGGUGAAAUUGAGUGCAUUAAGGGUAAGUUACAGUACGAGUACGAUACGUCCAUGAGCAUGCUGAAUGAUUUAGUCAAGAGGAGGUACCAGCGAAUCAAUGCAAAGUAUUUUGAGAGCAAGUACCUCAUGGAAAUUGCCGAUCGGGCUGUGAAGUACCCCAGGGAAGUUGAUCCGAGCGUGUUAGUUGAGAAGUGGAAGGCCAUUCAGGACAUGAACAGAAGUAUUUCUGAGAUUGUAUUGGAGGAUAUUGGGAAGUAUUCGAAGAUUAUUGUGAAGGGUGGGUUAUCUGUUGAGAUGGUUAAUUCGUGUGAGGUGUCACCUAAUAGUGUGAGCACAGUGCCUGAGGAUGAUCUUGUCAGGAAGCGGACUGAGAUGCUUUUAAGGGUUUCUCAGUUUAAAACGAGUGAAUAA